UCGGAUGAGUUCUCUUCAAUUCAACCUGUGAUCCUCAGCUUCUGACUAGCCACAGUGGAUGGACUGUUGAACUUGUUUCCUUAUUGUUCUGUUUUUUUUUGGUGUUUUUGUGUCAGUGCUUUUGCUGAGAGACUCUCCCGAAGCCCAGAAGUCUUGGAGUGCCGCACAAGAGUGUGAUCUGAUCUUGCGAAGAAGCGCCACAAUAGAGCUGACUGCUGUCCGUUCCAAGAUGAUGAACUACCGAGAUUUGCUUGGAUUAAUUUGUGGAAUACUUCUCACAUAUGUCCAGGUGACGCAGGCUCAAGGAUACUAUGGCAUCAAGAUUGGCGCCCUCACGCAGCUCCACCACGGCGUGUCGGGAGACGUGUAUGCCGUGGAUGCCAGGACGAUUUUCCUGAAGAACUUCAACUACGACGGCGAAGGACCAACCGCCUACUUCUACGUGGGCAACACGAGGCGCCCCAAUCAUGUCGGCGCCUGGCGCUUAAGGGAUGAGCGCGGAAGCACUGGCGUCCUGAGGCGAUACCGCAACAAGGACAUCACGCUGUCCUUGCCCGAGGGAAAGACGCUGCGCGAUAUCAAGUGGUUCUCCGUGUGGUGCGAUGAGUUCACGGUGAACUUUGGCGAUGUCACCAUUCCGAAGAAUCUGGAGUUUCCGCGUCCGCAGAAAAUCGCCCCCUUGAACGGAGUCCACGGCGUCUCGUCAGACAAUGUGGUGAUUGUGGACGCUCAGACGCUGCUUGUGCCGAACUUCAACUACGACGGCGAGGCGCCAGACGCCAAGUUCUGGGUGGGACGCGGCGUGAAGCCCUCGCCGCACGGCAUCAGGAUCCCCGAUGAGAACGGCAAGGAGACGCCGCUGCGGAAGUACGACCGGAAGACGAUAGUGCUCACGCUGCCCGGCGAGCUCACGGUCUUCGACAUUGGCCACUUUGGCGUGUGGUGCGAGGCGUUCACGGUGGACUUUGGCCACGUGAGAAUACCCGAGGGCAUCGUGGUGCCGCCCUCGCUCAAGAUGCUGGGCGUGAGUCCGCAGUCGAAACUGAAUUGUGAAGUGCUAUUCGAUGAUUUGGCGUUCGAAGUGAGGUGGGCCGUUGCGGGCGAAAGUGUUGUAGUGCAAUUGGUAGCGAAACUUGAUAGCAACGAGUACAUGUCUUUCGGCGUGUCUCCCGAUCCGAAGAAGACGGUGAUGGUGGGGGCAGACGUGGCCGUGGCGUGGGUGGACAAGAGCACGGGCAAGGGAUACGCCUAUGACUACAUCCUGGACGACAAGUCUCAGUGCUCUGGCCAGAGAGGAAGUUGUCCCGAUUCCAGGCUCGAUGAAAAUACCAAUUCCAUCAGACUCCUGAACGCUGCCAUGGUCAACGGAUACUCCAUCGUCACCUUCCAGCGUCCUCUCAAGGCCUCAGAUGGCCUGGACUUGCCGAUUUUCACGAACGGCUCGCAGGCGAUCGUCUGGGCGAUUGGGCCGCUGAAUCAACGCCAAGAGGUCUCGUUCCACAGCCAAUACACCAAGGACAACCGCCUGAUUGACUUCGGCAGACAGCCCAUCUGGAACUGCCCGACGCCCGACAACGAUGGCAAGAGUGAUGAACCCGAGGAGGAGUCCGUGGAGGAGGAAUACUAUGAGAGACGCGCCAGUCGCCGACCUGAGCAGCAAGCCAUCGUUCAGGACCAUCAAUCGAACCGACGUCAGGAGAUCGUUGAGGUUCCCAGACCUGUUCCCACUCCGCGUCCGGCAAACAAGAACGGCGCCUGGGACAUCCCGCCAAUCCAGUGCUACGAGCCCGAGGAUGGCGUGUUCUACGCUCAGAUGGGACCGACAGGAGGCAAGCAAGGCUAUCCAGCCAUCACUGGUCACGUGGGAUGGGGCAUUUCCUGGUACAUCAACGGCUUGCUCAUCCCCGAGAUUAACGUUGUGCGCGGCAAAACCUACACUUUCGUCGUCGAGGGAGGAUUCGAUCCGGACAUCCCAGCCAAAUAUCAUCCCUUCUACAUCACAGACGACCCUAUCGGUGGAUAUGAGUACAAGACGGACGAGGAGAAAGCUAAUGUGAAGAUCUUCGCCGGCGCUCAUCGCUCCAGGAACGGCGUGAUCACGCCAAUUGGCGUGGGCAGGCUGUGCAACUGGACCCCAGAUCCCGACGGUCCUGGCGCCGAUGAGUACACAUCCUUCGGAGCCUACCAGAGAAGCCUCACGCUCAAGUGCGACGCAGGAGAGCCUGGUAUCAUCACCUGGACUCCUGACGACAACACGCCCGACACUGUGUACUACCAGUGCUUCACGCACCGCCACCUGGGAUGGAAGAUCAACGUGCUGGACACGUGCGACGAGGCGCACCCGAGUGAGCUCGACGAGGUGUACGCCAGCCCAGAGUCCAGUGAGGGAAUUGAGGCUGAGUCCUCGAUUAGGCACGAGACAAAACUGAGACCAACGGACAACUUUCUCUUUCAGCACGAGUCCGACUUGAUUAAGAACCAUAACAUGAACAGUUCCCCGCCCAAAAUCCAGUUUGAAGUUCCCGGCAAUAGUGACAUCACGAAACUCAUCUCCGAUGGGAUCCGCGCGGCGGAGUUGCUUGAGGAGGAGAUUGCCAGACCCAAUAGAACCACCACAACCCCUCCACCACCCCCGAGUCCCGAGUCCAUGAACGAGGGCGAGCAGAUUCCCGUGCAGAGCCCAAAGCAGCCCGAGAUCAAAGUUCCCUCGCCGCACUACUUGGCGCCGAGUCCCGGCCCAGGACUGCCGGUCUACCUCAGGCCGCCGCAGAAUGGGCAGUUCUUCAGGCCGGUGAAGGUUCCGCUGCGCCGCAAUCCCGGCGGCUACACAUUCGAGAGGCGGCCAAUUGUCAGGCCCUACAACAGACCUUACAUCGUGCCGCAGCCGUCAAUGCUCGUCAGCCACUAUCAGAAGCCUGUCCUGCCGUCCUUCCUGAGGCCCUUUGUGAAGGUGAAGCAGGCGCCCAUCAAGCCCAUAGCGACUGUCCUGCUCCUUGGAGAGCCCACAGAGAUCAAACCACUGCGACAGGUGCCUGAGAAGGUCCAGGCGACGCCGCUGAGGAUUCCCUACCUGGACACCAAUCCCAUGAGCAUCAAGAAGAGCGACUACCCAAUGGCCAAGCCCAUGCUCACAUCCAAGCUGCCUCCGCCCAUUGCUUCCAACAUCAAGGAGCCGAUUCUGCCCGACAAGAAAUACCCUCCAAUCAAGUAUUCCGUAGCGAUUGACUCCAAAGAACUCCAAUCGACCUACAAACCUGCCACAAAUACUGGCUUCCAGCCUGAGAAGGUCAUCGUUGAGGGAGGAUUCAAGCCUAUCAUGAAGCGGCGCAAGGACGAGGAGAGAAUUGAGGAUGAGGAGAAGAAGCCACUGAGAAGAGUGGACAUUAUUUCUGAGAUUGACGAAGCCAUCGAAGGCGAUGCGCUGUUCAUCAACCAGGAUCAGCAGCCCAACAGAGCCUUCGAGCCCAUGUUCAUACCUUCUCCGCCUGACAGAGUGGACAACGCGUCUCCUGACACUUCCCCAGCCUCUUCGGCCACGCCAAAUCCCACUGAGGACCUCAACGACCUGGCGGACAUGGAGUUCGAGGAAGGGGAGGACAAGAUGGCCGUGGCGGCCGAGAGAUUCGACACGUUUUACCUGCCGCCAGACAAUAAGAAGCACCGUCCCCAGCAGAAAUAUCCCGAAGGGACAGUCGUCGCCUUCGACGGCAAGGCUGUCCUGGAUACGUCGCUGAUCAACUCAGCGCCCACGAAUGAGGUGAAGCAACCCUUCUUCCCUUCUGGCCUGUCGAAGACAGAACAACUGCUCAGCACGCCGCAAUUCGGACCCUUCCGAGGCGAGGUUCCUCUCCAGUUCAAAUCCAACGAUCCUCACCCUCAGGCACCCGUCACGGAGUACUCCAACCCCCUGACGAACAGCGCCGCUCCCAUUUCCACGAAACUCACCCUUCUUCGGGCUGAGGACUCACAGAUCAGCAGCGAGAAUGGCGGCUGAAUCUGCUGCACUGUUUCUCUCUCUGUCAGCUAUAGUUAGAUGCAAAUUUCUCCUAUAAGCACUCAAACUGCCAAAUCUGCUUUAAGCACCCGCCUAUCUGUUAUCCUAUCCUUCAGGUUCUUUGUGAGUCCCCUGAAGAAAGCAAAAUACUCAAAACUUAGGGGUUGAUUCAAUCAAGCAUAAACUCAAGACGAAGAUAUCAAAUGAAAAGGAAUAUUCUGUAAAAUUUGUACAAUGUACAAUUCAAAAUAAAGG